GCAAGUUUUGACUGAAGGUAAUUGGAGAAGGGUUCCACAGUAAUCUCCUGCUGGUUGUAGGAAAAUAAGUCUAAACUUCCCUUGACUGCUUUUCAGAAAUCAUGGACAAACUCGUAAAAGAAGGUGUUCUAUCAAGGGCCGGAAGGGACAAUUUCACCAUUAAUAAGCUAAAGAAUCUCGACUCUGAGUUUGCUGCCGUUAAAGAAGAAAAGGAGGCUCAAGAAAUUCCACUUGGUGAUGAUGUUCCCAAGAGUAGCAAAGAUGACUACAUGUACAUGAAGGCUUUGUAUCAUGCUCUGCCGAUGGAAUAUGUUACAGUACCAAAGCUUCAGAGCAAGCUGGAAGGAGGAGCUAACCAAGCUACAGAGAAAAAGCUGAUCGAAAAAAUGGCGCAAGAGGGAUUUGUUGAAGGCACAGGCAACCGAAGACUAGGUGAAAUGCUCUGA